AUGGCAAGUCGUUUCUUCCAAGGUGGUGCUUCAGACUCCGAGUACUCGAGCUCAGAAGAGGAACUUCUGUCCUCUUCUGAUGAGGAAUUCGUCUCAUCAGACGAGGAGCAACAACAAGAGGAACAAGAUGAGGAUGAUCUCAGCGAUGAUUCAGUGUUUGGCAACGAGUCCGACGAGAGUGACAGUGACAGUGAUCUCGACUCCGGCAGAGCCAGGGGGCCUGCGUAUUUCCUCAAGAAGUCCACGGUGCCAGACUCUGAUGAUGAGAGCAGCGAUGAUGAGGACCGUAAAGUUGUCAAGUCCGCUAAGGACAAGCUGAUGGACGAGAUGAAGCUGUCCAUCUCGACGAUUUCCAGCUCCAAGACCACCGGUGACUGGGUCUCUGUGCUGUCUGAGUUCGAGAAGCUGGCGAAGAACCUCGUGCGUGCGGAGCAACAGAACUACGGCACGCCCUCUGUGUAUAUCAAGGCCAUUGUUGAGCUGGAUGAUGACAUCAACGAUGUGUCCUCCGAUGAUAAGAAGAAGCUGAAUGCCACGGUGGCUAAGGCCUUCAAUGCCGUAAGACAGAGAGUGAAGAAGUCCAUCCGUGAGAAGCAGUCACUCGUGGACUCCUUCAGAGAGGACCCAGACUCCUUCCAGAAGAAGGAAUCCGCAGUGGCAUCAACAAGGGAAACCCCAACGUCAGAGACCAAGCCAUCGUCACUCAACGCUGAGCUCUUCACUGCUUACAAGGCCGUUGCUGAGAGUAGAGGUAAGAAGAACUUUGACGUGCAAGAAAACAUCAAGACGUUGGAAGGGCUUGUGUCCAGUGCCACCUCUCCUUAUGAAAGCAUCAUUGUGUAUCUCAUGUUGAUCCCGUUGAGAUUCGACACUGCCAACAACAUGACCUACAUGCCUGUGGACCAAUGGGAUAAGACCUCCGAGGACAUCAACCAGCUGUUCACCAUCCUGGAGAAGAACAUUGGUUCGUACCGUGUUUUGGAGACAGCAGAGGCACUGGAUGACGUUGAGGUCCCACCACAGCCAAAUGCCCAAGGUGUGCGUGAGAUCUUGGGCUCAGUUGUUUCAUUCGUUGAAAGAUUGGAUGACGAGUUCACCCGUUCGUUACAGGUGAUUGAUCCACACACCACCGAGUACAUUGACCGUCUUAAGUACGAACAAGUGAUUUACUCCACGAUCAUUAGGGCUCAGCUCUACUCAGAACAGGUGAUCUCACAAGAUGCCAUCUCCAGUGGAACAAACGAACAAAUAGCAAGAAUUGUAUCCAGAAGAAUCGAUCACAUCUACUUCAAGAAGUCUGCCCUUAUAAAGAUCACCGAGGCAUCGGCAUGGAGCAAACAAUCCACACAGUCCAAGAUUGUAGCCUACUCCGCAGACGAUGACUCUUACACUGACAGAUUGAUGGACGUGUUGUCAUCCGUGCUGUACAAGCAGUCCAAUGCCAUCUACAGAAAGAAGGCCAUGCUUUGCCACAUCUACUACUAUGCAUUCAACAACAAGUACUUCAAGGCUAGAGAUAUGUUCCUGAUGUCUCAUUUGCAAUCGACCAUCCACACUUCUGAUCCUGUCUUGCAGACCUUGUUCAACAGAGCAUUGGUUCAACUGGGUCUCUGCGCUUUCAGAAACGGGUUGAUUCAGGAGUCCUUUGAAGCAUUGCAAGAGAUUGCAGUGUCACCACGUCAAAGAGACCUUCUUGGCCAGUCCACUCAAAGAUUCACAAACCAAACGUCUGUUGCUGAGAAGCAGCGUGUCCUGCCAUUCCACACUCAUAUCAACUUGGAGCUCAUCGAGUCUGUGUUCCUGACAUCCUCCUUGUUGAUUGAGAUUCCUCAGAAUGCCCAGCUCGGUAGCACAGUUGACAGCAAGAGAAAGCAGCAACCAAGAAACUUCAGACGUUUCCUGGACUUCCACGAGAGACAGACCUUCCAGGGCCCACCAGAGGGCACAAGAGACUUCAUCAUGCACGCUGCUAAGGCCUUGCAAGCUGGUGAAUGGAAGAAGUCAGUGGAGCUGUUGACAUCUAUCAAGAUCUGGAACUUGUUCUCCAACUCUGAGGCUGUCAAGGAGAUGAUCAAGGAGAAGAUCCAAAUUGAAGGCCUGAGAACAUUCUUGUUCCAAUUCAAGACGUUCUACUCCAAGUUGUCCCUUGCUAAGCUCUCUCAGCUGUUUGAGCUACCAGAAUCAAAGGUUUCUGCCGUUGUUUCCAAGAUGAUCUUCAACGAAGAAAUCGCUGCUGGAUUGGACCAGGUUUCUAACUCUGUCGUCUUCGUACAAGGAGUAGAGCUCACGAAACUACAGGAGUUGGCCAUCUCACUUGCUGAGAAGGCUCAGAACUUGUCAGAUAGAAACGAACGUUUUGCCGCAACUGGUGGUGCUACAAUCUCUGGUGCUCUUAAUGGUAUGGACAAGAGAAGAAGAAGAACUGCUGGUCGUGCUUAA